CAUGCAAACAUUCCAACUUAAAGAGAACCACAAUUCGUUCGCCGCAGUCAGUACGCAACAGACGAUAGAAUCGAGAAUUAGUUGUGCAGCUUCUUAUUAAAUAUUAAAAUUAACAAAACACGUGCGACACACCGAAACACAAAUACAUUAAAAUGACUACUAUUGGGGGCUACAAAUUGGGCAAAAUCCUCAUUGAGGGCAAAACCAAACAGGUUUACGAUCUCCCUGAACAUCCUGGCUUGUGCCUGUUGCUGAGCAAAGACCGCAUUACAGCUGGUGAUGGCGUGAAAGCGCACGAUCUGCAAGGCAAAUCGGAGAUUUCCAACACAACAAAUGGAUUGGUUUUCGGAAUUCUUAACGAAGCGGGAAUAAAUACGGCCUACGUCAAACCUUGUGCGGGCAACGCAUUCAUUGCUAAGAAAUGUGAAAUGAUACCGAUCGAGUGGGUAACAAGACGUUUGGCGACUGGUUCGUUUUUGAAACGGAAUACCGGUGUGCCGGAGGGAUACAGAUUUUCACCACCAAAACAGGAGACAUUCUUUAAGGAUGAUGCCAACCACGAUCCUCAAUGGUCUGAUGAACAAAUUAUUUCCGCAAAUUUCAAUUUUAAUGGUGUUGUAAUAGGUCAAGAUGAGUUGGACAUUAUGAAGCGUACCACUGUAUUAGUGUUUGAGAUUUUGGAGAAAGCUUGGGCCACCAGAAAUUGUGCACUUAUUGACAUGAAAGUUGAAUUUGGCAUCGAUACUGAGGGUAACAUUGUACUCGCCGACAUUAUCGAUUCAGACUCAUGGCGUCUUUGGCCGUCCGGCGACAAACGUUUGAUGGUUGAUAAGCAAGUAUAUCGCAAUCUUGCCACAGUUACCGACAGUGACCUGGACACAGUGAAACGUAAUUUUAUUUGGGUUAGUGAGCAACUCAAGGACAUCAUACCGGUUAAAGAUCAUUUAGUCGUUAUUUUAAUGGGUAGCGCUUCCGAUACAGCUCAUUGUGAGAAAAUUUCGACACAUUUGCAGCAAUUAGGUGUAAAUACUGAGCUACGCGUCACCUCAGCGCACAAGGGACCCGAAGAGACUUUGCGCAUUAUGCGCGAAUACGAAAGUGUCAUCAAUAAUUUGAUAUUUAUUGCCGUAGCAGGUCGUUCUAAUGGAUUAGGACCGGUAUUAUCUGGCAGCACCACAUACCCAGUGAUUAAUUGUCCACCCUUAAAGUCAGAUAAUCUACAAGUAGAUGUUUGGUCUAGCUUGAAUGUACCUUCUGGUCUUGGCUGUCCGACGGUGUUAUAUCCUGAAGCAGCAGCUCUACAUGCCGCACAAAUUUUGGGCUUGUCAAAUUACAUAAUCUGGUCUAAGUUACGCGUCAAGCAACUUAAUAACUUCAUUACUUUAAAAAAGGCUGAUAAGUUGGUGCGCGGAGUGCGCAACGCUUAAACUUUGCGGGCGCAGAGGUGAAGCAUGUGAAUCGUGUUUUUUUUUGAAAAAUACAGCUUUUAAAGUUAUUGUUGAUUUAUUCAUAGCGAUUUGGGCAGCCCAUUCCAAUAGUAUGUCGCUAAUAAAUAUAUAUAACUGGGGCGGACUACCAUUUUGAGAAAAUAUAGCCGAAAAAGAUGAUACUUUACACCCCUAUUCGUAAUAAACAAUAGGUACAUUUAAUGUACUGAAAUAUAUAUACAUAUA